AUCAUGGACAAGCAGCCAAGAGGCAUGAGUAAGAGCUGAGCGUGCAGAAGUGGGAGGGUCAGAGGAGGGUGCAGGCUGGGCGUGGCGGCAGUGGGCGUGGUGCUGGGGUUCAGGUAAGCCCCCUGCUUCUGCCUCACAGAGGCUGGCUUCCACAUCUCGAGGGCCUCCUGCGCCGUGCAUCCUCUUCCCUUGCCGUGCGUGCAGCUUAGCUGUAACUCCAGCCCACAAUGGAUGCCCUGCAACUGGCAAAUUCAGCUUUUGCAAUCGACCUGUUCAAGCAACUGUGUGUAAAGGAGCCAGCAGGCAAUGUCCUCUUCUCUCCCAUCUGUCUCUCCACCUCCCUAUCACUUGCUCAAGUAGGUGCCAAAGGUGACACAGCAAAUGAAAUUGGACAGGUCCUUCAUUUUGAAAACGUCAAAGAUGUGCCCUUUGGAUUUCAAACAGUAACAUCGGAUGUAAACAAACUUAGUUCCUUUUACUCACUGAAACUAAUCAAACGGCUCUAUGUAGACAAAUCGCUGAAUCCUUCCACAGAGUUUAUCAGCUCUACGAAGAGACCCUAUGCAAAGGAAAUGGAAACUGUCGACUUCAAAGAUAAAUUGGAAGAAACGAAAGAUCAGAUCAACAGCUCCAUAAAGGAUCUCACAGACGGCCACUUUGAGAACAUUUUAGCUGACAACAGUGUAAAUGAUCAGACCCAAAUCCUUGUGGUUAAUGCCGCCUACUUUGUUGGAAAGUGGAUGAAGAAAUUUCCUGAAUCAGAAACCAAAGAAUGUCCUUUCAGAGUCAACAAGACAGACACCAAACCAGUGCAAAUGAUGAGUACAGAGGCCACAUUCUGUAUGGGCAACAUCGACAGUAUCAAUUGUAAGAUCAUAGAGCUGCCCUUUCAAAAUAAGCACCUCAGCAUGCUCAUCCUGCUACCCAAGGACGUGGAGGAUGGGUCCACGGGUCUGGAGAAGGUUGAAAAGCAACUCAACUCAGAGAUGCUUUCACGGUGGACCAAUGCCAGCACGAUGGCCAAUGCCAAAGUCAAACUCUCGAUCCCCAAAUUUAAGGUGGAAAAGAUGAUCAACCCCAAGGCUAGUCUGCAAAACCUCGGGCUGAGAAAUAUCUUUAAUGAGAAUACAUCUGACUUCUCUGGAAUGUCAGAGACCAAGGGAGUGGCCCUCUCCAAUGUUAUUCACAGAGCGUGCUUAGAAAUAACUGAAGAUGGUGGGGAGUCCAUAGAGGUGCCAGGAUCACGAAUCCUGCAGCACAAGGAUGAGUUCAAUGCCGACCACCCAUUUAUUUACAUCAUCAGGCACAACAAAACCCGCAGCAUCAUUUUCUUUGGCAAGUUCUGUUCUCCAUAAGUGGCAGAACCCAGGUUAAGUCCCACCUGACUUUUCUGCAAAUUCUGCAUCCAGAGAAUCACUUUCUAAAUACGAUAAGUUGUUAUUAUUGCUGGAUCAGGGGGCGGCUGGUACUUGUCCUAUGCAGCCCUCACACUAAGAGGCCCUUCCUUUGCAAUCUUUUCUUUUGUUCCCUUUUCCUCCCUAUAUAAGACCAUGCUUUUAAUGAAAAAACAUCACCUUAGAGGAAAAAUAUGUAUUCAUUUUUUGUCACACUAUCUAGCGUUAUUGGCAGGAGUACAGUCUUCCACAGAGAAAAGUCCUGUAAGGAGGAUCUGGAGGACUUUAUUCCUAGAGUUGGGCCUUCCUUCACUGGGAUACAGAAUGUUCCAGACAUUCUCACUUCCCAGAAAGACUGGAGAAACUGUGGUAUGUGGGAUCUGUUAAACUUUCCUGGCUCCCGUGAAACUUGGGCUCAUAUUCAGGCUUCUGUAGGUCUGCAGCUCCUUAGGCUAAGCCCCACAGGACAAUGGUUUCUUCAAACUCUUGAGAUUUUGGAUUUUAGAAAGAUAAUAUGUUGCACACAGUACCUGUUAUGGAAUUCCACUGAUGGGGUCUAGAACAGCACCUUAAUGUUUCUGCCACACAAUGUAAUCAAACAAAAUGGAUAAAGCUGCUUAGGUAGCCACAGUAUUAGGUUUGGCUGCCAAGUGAGUGUGCCAGCAGCUUAUGAAAAACCUUGUUUCCAGAACUUUCUGAAAACUUGGAAUGUUGGAAAAGGAAAUGCAGACCUAUAGUAGCUGAAGUGCAGUACCUGAAGGGAGGUUCAGAUCUUAUUAGAAAGUCACGUUCGCAUUUGUUAGACUGCUCCACAUGGCCAUUUGGUCGGCCAUCGACCCCUGGCAGGGAAUUCUGACUGGACGAGGUUUUGCAUGUCAGACGACCAGGGACUUAAAAUGCACAGCAACUUCCAUACUAGGCGACAAAAGAAUUUUGUGAGUGUUGAAGGAACUUGUCUCUUUUCUGAUGUGAGAGUGGGAAAGGGAAAGGAGCUUAAUGCCUUUAGAACUUAUAACUAUUAUCUAUGGAGGUGCUUAAGCUGCCUUGACAUGUAUUUAUUUUCAAAGCCCAUGGGUUUAGUGCUAUAGAUGGCUGUUUGGUAACUGACAUUAGUAAUAAUUUUUAAAGGUGUUCUAAUAAGUUAUCUGUGUUGCAAUUUCACAGAUGAAUUCAAGACCAAAAGAGCACAUUUACUCUGGCAUUCACUGUAAAUAGGUUCAACUCUCUUCUUGCUCCGAAGGUUCAGUGUCAAAUUUCUUUUAUGCUAUUGACAAUAAAAUAAUAUUGAGCUACA